GCCGCGGCGCCGGUGGCGGAGCCGCGCGGAGGCCGUCGUCCAGCGCCGGAGCCGCGCCGGGCGGCGCGGGCGCCGAGCCGCCGCGCGCCGCGUCCCUGGCCGCGUGGCGGCGGCGGUCCGCAGCCGCCGAGGCGCUGCGCGCCAGCGCCAAGCUGCGGCCGCUGCUGCCCGCGCCGGCCGCCUCGGGGGCGCCGCCGGGCGAGGAGGCGGCGGCGCCGCCCUCGCUGGGCGCCCGCGCGCCGGCGGAGCCGCGGCUGCCCUUGCCGCUCAAGGCGGCGCGGGGCCCCGCUGGGCUCGAGGGCGUCGUGGGCGCUGCGCAGUGGGAGGUGGAGCGGUGCGAUGGCGAGGCCGCGCCCCGAGGUGCGCGGCCGCCGUGGCGGCCGUCUCGGGCGCUGGCGCCUCAGCCUGGCCUGCGGCCCGCCUCGUGGAGCCCGGCGGCAGCGAAGAGCUGUGCCAGCGCCGAAGGCGCCGACGGCACACGCAGCUGGGGCCGCAGGGCACGUGCCGCAGGGCACGUGCCCGGGCUCGAGGCGGUGAGCGUCCCCGCCUCCACGUUCGGGGCCCUGGUCAGCAGGAGCGGGGCACCGCAGCGGUGGAGGGAGGCCCUGGACCUCUUCGAGAAGAUGAAGAGCAGGAGUCCCGUUCUGAGCCCGGUCACCUACAAGGCUGCGUUGAGCGCCUGCAAGCAGGGCCAGCAAUGGAGGAGUGCCCUCGAGGUCUUGCGCGGCUGCGAGAAGUCUGGGCGAGCUGCGGGUGUCGCCACGUACGGCCUCGCUGCUGAUGCCUGCCUGGCCGCCGGCCAUUGGAGUGCAGCGUUGACGCUGCUGGGGGAGGCUGGCGACCGCGGUGUGGCGGCGUUGUCGCAGCCAGGGCGAGGCGGCGCGGUGAUGCGCACCUGCACAGCUGCUGGCCACUGGGAGCACGCGCUCAGCACUUUAUCAGAGCUUCAGCAGGGCAUGUCCGAUGCAAGCGCGCUCAACGCUGGCGUCGCCGCGGCGGCGGCUGGCGGGAUGUGGGCGCUGGCACUGGAAUUGCUGGACGAGAUGUGGGAGGGGGCCGUCAUGCCAGACGCCGCCGCCUUUAACUCCACGCUGCGCGCCUGCCCAGAGUGGAGCCAGGCGCUCAGGCUGCUGGCGCAGAUGCGGGCCUGCGGCGUGCGGGUGAGCGCGCAGUCUCUGGCGCCAGCCGCGCGCGCCGCUCUGAAGGGGCGGCGGUGGCAGCAGGCGCUUCAGCUCCUUGGUGGGGCUCUCAGCACCCCCGAGGGCGAGGAGCUCCCGCACGGCGCGGUGCUGAGGGCCUGCUGCCGCAGCAGGGACUGGCCGCUGGCGCUGGAGCAGCUGGAGCGGCUGCGGCAGGCCCCGCGGGAUCCCGAGGUCUCCGAGGAGCAGCACCAGGCGGCCGACGAGGCCCUGGAGGCCGCGGUUCGCCAGGUAGCGGCCGUGUGUGCCGGGGCCCUCCCCGCCCACUCCCAGGCCGACAGGCAGAGGGCACGGCACGACGGGCUGGUGCGGCGCUGUGCCGCGACCGCGGCGAAGGUGGCGCUGCCGCAGGCGAUGGCUCAGCAGGGGCGACGUGCGGAGCUCGUUCGACCUGUGGAGCCGGCCGGGUCGGAUGGCAGCUCGCCGAGCGAGUCCGGCCAUAGCGGGCCGCGCGGGCUGGCGGCAGAAGAUGGCCGCUGCGCGGAAGCGGAGGAGCGUCGGUCCGUCCAGAGCUGGGCUGGUUGA